UUAUCUGCACGAUUUUUAAUUAUUCUACAAUUAAAUCAGUCUGAAUUAAUUGAAGCACAAGCACGACUUAUUAUUAUAAUACACUAAAAAAUUGGGGUUAGGAUUUUAGGAUACAAGAGACCUCUAUUAGAUAUUGAAAUAAAGGGAAACUGAAGCGCGAACGGUACUACCAAUUGUCAUUCGACGCGUAGACAUAUUAGGGAAAUGAAUCACUAGACUCUCUGUGCCUUAUCAACAUCGGUUUCGUGCGAAGAAUACCGGCUGACUUCUUUUUACAGUUCGUUUGAUUAUCUUCCGAUCGUGAAUCUAUUAUCGUUGGAAUACAAUGCCAGUGUACUAGACACACCGCGUUAACGGACAAUGUCGGAAUACGUUUUCUUGGAUGAUGUUCAUAGAAAAAUUUGCGCGAGCCAAUCAUUUCAACGAAGUGAGGCUACAUCGCGUCGGUUUUCUAGACUGUGAUGUUCCUUGACAUUUUAUCACGUAACUAAGGUUGAUUGAAAGAGUCGAUUUCAUAUCUACUUGUGAAAACAUAAAUAUAAUAUCAUUGAUGGUGCUAUAAUUAUUCUUAACUAGAAUUAAAUAUUAAUUAAGCAUUAGCUAUAUUAAAUUUAUUAAAUUUUGAAACUAUAUGUUAAAUUUUGAAAUUAGAGAUAUAAUGUUUGCUUUAAUUUAUAAUCACGUUUAAUUUUGUUUUAAAUUGAUAUGUGUGUGUUAAUGUUAUAUGUGGACAGUACUGCCCUCCAGAGUUUAAUUCUAUUAACUAACAUUUCGAACAGUCGAAGAAAAUGAGUUCAUUGGAUAGAAGAUUUAUUUUUUCAACGUAAAGAAAGAAGAAAUGAUUGAUCAGAAUUGAUUUUACAAGAUUCUUUGCUUUAAUUUCAAUAUCAAGUGCAUUCAAAUACAGUGGAGAUCUAUUGGAACACUUGAAGUUGUUUCCAAGAUCGUUGUUCCAUGCUUUGGAGUCGCGGAAUAAUCCGCUACUGUUCGAGUCCCGUUGUUACCAGACUAUCGGAACCUCACUCUCCAUUGUCUUGGAUAAGGCUUCUAAAAAAAUGCAUUGACGUCUUCAUCGAAACUACCUUGAACUUCACUAACUCAAAUCUCUCAACGUUACGUGCUAUCACAUUAAGAACGUACAACCAAUUAUAUCAAGAAUACGGAACAUUAUACAAUUGCCAAGAGAAAAGGUACAUUGCUCCAAAUUGCAUCCUAAAACUGCACAUACAUAUAUACGCAAAGUCAACUACCAGCAGAGGAACAAACGAGCAGUUAGACAUUUUGUCGUGUGGCAGAGGCAGCGAUUAGAAAAUGUCGUCUCGCGUCGGGAAGACGAGCGAGCGUGGCAAACAGUGGCCAUCCGUUCCGCGGGAGCCAGAAAGGUACAUAGUUGCGGACGCUGCAAUCGGCUGUGCUGGUGGCGUUUCUAACAAAUUAACGGCCGAUAUCUCGUCGUUGCCCUGCUCCUACCUUCUGGCUCCACCUCCCGGUUGUACGGGCUGGUUCGGUGGAGCCCGGCAGAUCCAGCCGGCGCGCGGAGAGAGAUCAUUUUUGCCACGUAUUUGCAAACUGAAUAAUAAAUACGCAGAUAUACGCGAAGAGGCCGCGUUCCGCCUUCACGCAGCUCGCGCUACGCGCGGAUUGGUCGCACCGGCCACCGAGGGGACGGCGAUAUUCAUUCGCCGUCUCUCCGGCUCUCGUGGACCUACUUUGUACACGCACACGUGCACGAUACCUUGUUGCACGUGCACGCGAUCGUUCACGCUUAAGAGGGGAGGCAGCGUGUGCGCGAGAAUGCACGCCACUCGCUGUACCAUAUCCCUCUCUCGUCGGCUCGACGCUCCUCUCGCUACUCUCUCUCGCUUCCCUGCCUCUUCUGCCCCUCAACACACUCACUCUUUCUUCCUCCAACGAGACGAAACGACCUUCCCUCUUUUUUCCACGCGUUUUUCCCUCGGCCUUUCGCAUCUCUUCCAUCCUUUUAAUCCGCGUCACCUUCUAUACCCUAUUUCAUGCUCUCUGUUUCUCUCUUUCAUUCUCCUCAUUGCAGUUUCUUUUUCUCCUUCUUUUUUCUCCUUCUUAUUUCUUGCAGUUUCACCAAUGGAUCCACCGUUCCAUCGUAGAGAUUUUCAACCUUUCCUCGCAACCGUACUUUAUAUCCUUUGGCUUCUUCUUCUCCUCCUCCUCCUCCUUCCCCAUCUCCUUCGCCGCCACCGUCCUUGUUCGCGUUUCUCUGGCCGCCGCACCGGCCGAUCAGCACACACCCGCGCACAUACGGUGUGUAUACUCGCACACUUCUAGAGAAAUACUUAGCCUGUGCACCUCGAUCGGCUUUCUUGUCCUUGCCGCAUACACACCGGCUACUGUGGCUUUCCUAAAUCCCCUCGACAUCACCCCGAUUGCGCAGAAGUGGAAACGUGGCGGGGAAUCACCCGGUCGAGGCAACCAACCACUUUUAAAAUUGUUCAUUCCGUGGUAGCGAGGGAUAGAGAAAAAGAAGAAAAGAGACAUCGAUGCCGUUGGAGAAAUAGAAGCGAUAAUGUUGAAUGUAAAUGUCGCGACGAUGGGAAUUAAGCAUUCAGUUUGAAUCCAAUGAAUGAGACUAUUGAAUGUUUCAGUUUUUCUUGAAAAAAAUGAUUUUCAAGAAGGAAGAAUCUAUGCUCCAUUGAUGGGAGAAUCACUUUGUUUCUAAUAAAUUCUGCUGGCACAGAAUAGAAUCUCUACAAAUUGUUAAAUACCUUUUUUUUCUAGCGUUUUAGCUAAAUAUUUCAUUUGUAAACUGAAAGUUUCAAGUUUGAAAAUAU